AUUUAUGUAGAAUUCCUUUUCUUAUUUAUUGACUCCAAAACUAAAAUCUUAUCUAAGAUAUUCAUAGAUCGUAUUAUUAUUUUCGCUGGACACUGUUAUGAUUUCGGUGUCGAGGUAGAACUAACGUCAUGAGUUCAUAUAAUAAAAUUGAAAACAAUGGUACUAAUGAACUCCAAUCGUUAUCAAAUCCUGGCUUAAAGUAUCCUGCUAAUUUUAUAAAAGAAAAUUUCAAUUCUUUGUGUUCGCCUUUAAAUUUUAAAACUGACCAAGAAUGUUUGAUUGAUCUCACAAAAGAUGAAUAUAAUUCCCCCAUAGAAGACAAAAUCCAAAGAAAAACUCUUACUACCAACAGACAUAAAGUAUUCACUUCCAAGGCACAAAAUGAUCCCUCAAGUUGUCCAACAGAAUUAAGAAAAACAUUAAAACAAACACAUUUAAAUUUUGUCUGUACUUCUUCCAAGAGGCUAUCGAGAAGUAGACGAAAAUCAAUUUCUAAAAAUGAUUGCGAGGAAAAAGAACAAAAGCCCCGCAUGAAACAAGAAAUUGAUUUAUGUACUGAUUCGGUUUUGGAAAAUAAUAAAAGUGCAAAAAGGAAAGAUAAAAAACAAAUCAAGUGCAAACUGUUGGAAACAAACCCAAAACAUCAGUUGAACGAAGAAGAGAUUAACUUAUGUUUACAUUCCGAUAAAAAUUGUUUAACUAAAAGCUUAAAAGAUUGCAAUAAAGAGAAAACUCAUUCUGCAAAGAACCGAGAAGUAGUUGAUCUGUGCCUAGAUUCAUCAACUAUUUUUGAAAAUUCGAAUUUUGAAUUUUCACAAAACACACCGAAAAAUAAAUUAAAUUAAAAAAAAACAGAGGGUUAUACAAGUCAAAAUAAACUAAAUUCGAGUAAAAAAAGGAAAUCAGAAGAGAGUUGUUCGGAUGAUGACAAAAAAAGAUUUGAAGAAGAAUCACUGCGUCGAAAAAAAAGACCCGGUACAGUUGAAUCGGAAAAAAAUCAAUGCCCGCCAUACAAAGUAAUUGAAGGAACAUCUUUUGCUGUAGAUGCUUUUAAUUUUGGUUGUAUAAAAAAUGUUUCAGUUUACUUUCUGACACAUUUUCAUACAGAUCACUAUGUUGGACUUACAAAAAAAUUUUCGAUGCCAAUAUACGCCUCUGAGAUAACCAUUAACCUAAUACGCGGGUUUAUUUCGGUAGAUGAGAAGCUGUUAAAUAUUCUAGUUUUAAAUAAGACACAGCAAAUUGACGGUGUUCUUGUCACUGCCAUUGAUGCGAAUCAUUGUCCUGGAGCAAUAAUGAUAUUGUUCCAACUACCCUGUGGAAAACGUAUUCUUCAUACAGGAGAUUUUCGAUGGUCUCCCAAAAUGGAAAUUGAUCUUAGCCAUCAAACACAAAAAAUCGAACUUGUAUAUUUAGACACAACCCACAUUUCGGAUAAACACAUUAUUGGUUCUCAAGAGGAGUGCAUAACCAAAGCCAUACAUUGUAUUAGAGAAUUAAAAAAAUGCAACAAAAACAAAAAAAUUCUUUUUGUCGUUUGCACUGAUCUUAUAGGGAAAGAAAAUUUCUGGUGGUCAAUUGCACAAGCUUUCGACUUAAAAGUGUGGUCGGAUGGGAAAAGAAAAAAAGCCAUGUCAAUAAUCGGGAAUAAAGAGAUUCUAAAAAAAAUUGUAUCAAAUGCAAAUGAGGCUGACCUUCAUGUUUUAUCUCACGCUGUGGCUGGAUACAAGCAAUUAGAUGAAUACUUUCGUAAAUUUAGUGAUACAUUUGACAUGGUACUUUCAAUUAAACCAAAAGGCUCGGAAAGUUUAAAUCCAGAAUUUGGACACGAAGUGAAUUCGAUUUCAGUGAGGUACUCUGAACACUCAACUCACAAAGAGUUAAGAAGAUUUUUGGGAUUUUUAUUGCCAACGAGGGUAAUCAGUACAGUACCAUUAGGAACGAAUAUAUUCCGGUGCCCAAAAAUACCAGUGUCUUGGCAUACAAAAGAAUUGUAUGUGCCUUAUAAAAAACAAGCUUCUUUAUUGAAUUAUGUAAGAAUUAAGGAAAGGCCGAGACUCCGCAACACUUUUCGGGUAUGAAAGAACUUUAAGAAAAGAUAAAGAGAUAAGGAGGAGAACUCUAGGCACUCUUUAAGUGAUGCUAUUGACACUUGGCAUCACGGCACCUGGUGGAUAGCGACGAAAACCCGAAAGUUAUAUAGAUUAUUUUCCGAUUUGCCGCUCAAUGUUAUUUCCAUAAGCAAAAAAUAAAAAAGUCCUCGAAAAACAUUUAUUUUACGAAUUAAUUUUAUAUGUACGAGUAUCAAUAUUAUG